AUGGGGUUCGGUCAAUUCGAUACAAUAUGCGAGAAGGUGCCGCUGCCUUUGUGCUCCCUCGUGGGCCCGGCGUCAUCAAUCUCCGGGGCCACCGGCAUCAUCUCAAACUGUUAUGCGCGAAACAUUGAGGUUGCGAAUACAAUCAUCUUCGAGGGUGCCGCCUCGUUUAUGCACAUCAUUGCGCUUGCUAUGACCGUGAUUAUGAUCCUUCAUAUCAGGUCCAAGUUUACGGCUGUUGGUCGCAAGGAAAUCAUUACAUUUUUCUACAUCUUUCUCGCAUUGACUAUCUGCUCACUUAUCAUUGAUGCGGGGGUUGUUCCGCCAAGAAGCGGUCCGUUCCCCUACUUCGUGGCAGUCCAGAGUGGUUUGAUAUCGGCUCUAUGUGCCUGUCUGCUAGUAAAUGGCUUCGUUGGCUUCCAGCUGUACGAGGAUGGCACGGCACUUUCGGUGUGGCUGAUCCGGCUUAGCUCGGUGGUUAUGUUUUCUAUGACAUUCGUGAUCUCUCUUCUGACCUUCAAGUCAUGGGGUGGCCUGGGCCCCGAGAAUACCGUUGGGUUGUUUGUGGUUCUCUAUCUUCUCAACGCUAUCGCGGUAGCCAUCUACAUUGUCAUGCAGCUACUACUAGUCGUGAAUACCCUGGAUGACCGCUGGCCCCUGGGCCAUAUCUGCUUUGGUAUCUUGGUCUUUAUCAUCGGUCAGGUGCUUCUCUACGCAUUCAGUGACACCAUCUGCAACAAUGUGCAGCAUUACCUUGAUGGUCUCUUCUUUGCCACCUUUUGUAAUCUGCUUGCUGUUAUGAUGGUUUACAAGUUCUGGGAUUCGAUCACCAAGGAAGACCUGGAAUUCUCCGUUGGCGUGAAACCCAACACGUGGGAGGUCAAAGAACUGCUACCGGAGGAGGACCGCCGACAGACUGUCUACCAUGAUAACAAUUCAGAAUAUGCAGGCAGUGUGUACCACCACCGGCAGUCAAAUUACGGACAUCACAAUUACUAG